UACCACUUUGUUUAUGAGGUGAAGAACAUGAAAGAAGCGCAGAGUUACUGCAGAGACAAAUACACAGACCUGGCCACGAUAGACGACGAGGAGGAUGUGAAGACCCUGACAGACAUGAUGGAUUUAAACAAAAUGGUCCUCGAUGAAGACGGCCAGGCGACGGUCUGGAUAGGACUGUACGAUGACAAACAGCUGAACAGCUGGAGGUGGUCAGACAGAGAUGCAGAGGUUGAGUUCACAAAUUGGAAGGAAGGCGAACCGAACAACUAUAUGAGUGUUGAACACUGCACAGAGAUGUAUAAUACUGGAAAAUGGAACGAUGAGCGUUGUGACCGAACCCUUCGGGCAGUCUGCUCUUCUGUGAGAGGGUCAGAUGUGACAUUUAUCCUCAUCACUCGUCCCAUGAGUUGGACUGAGGCCCAGAGCUACUGCAGAGCAAACUACACAGACCUGGCCACUGUGAGAAAUGAAGCACAGAACCAGGAGGUGAAGGAUCUAGCUGGUGGAGAAAUAGUCUGGAUCGGCUUCUUUAGAGACUCCUGGAAGUGGUCUGAUGGAAGUAACUCCUCCUUUAGGUACUGGGCCUCAGGAGAACCUAACAACUACCGUGGGAAGGAGGAGGAUUGUGUGGCAAUGAACUUCAACCGUUCUGGACUUUGGGAGGACUGGACCUGUGACCAGAACAAACCAUUUAUUUGUUACGAAGAGAUUGUUCCAAAGCACAAAAUGCGUGUGAGUGUGAAGAUGAACUCCGCUCUGGAUCUGAACAACCCUGAGGUGAUGGAGGAAGUCUUGAAGCAGCUCAAACAGAGGAUGAAGGAGAAGGGGGUGAAUGAAGACGUCAAACUGAGCUGGAAGAAGCAGCCUGAUGGAAAAGUCUUCCAUAAGGAGAAGAAGAAGACGUCAAAAAAAGAUGAGCUGUAAUGCUGUGUAGAAGUUUGUCUGUUUCUACUGAAC